CGCUCUCGCCUUUUGUUCACAGGCCUAGCCCGCAGCAAAGCGAUAUAACUGGCUCUCAUAGUUCUCGCUCGUUCAAAGGAAGGGGGGAAAUUUUACAGCCUUUGUCAUCAACCCUCAAAAGAUGACGGAGGCCAUGUUUGGGACAGGGAAAGAUCAGUGGGUCUGUCCCAACGACCGGCAGCUGGCCCUUCGAGCCAAGCUGCAGACAGGCUGGUCUGUCCACACCUUCUGUACAGACCGACAGAGGAAGAGCCAGAUGCUGGAGCAGCAGGAGAUGGAGAACAUCCUUAGUGUCAUCCGCAGGGCUGAGGAACUGGAACAGAUUGAACAGCUCCGCAUCGGGAGGCUGGUGGAGCGUCUGGACAACAUGAGGAAAAGUGCGAUGGGAAACGGCCGGUCCCAGUGCCUGCUGUGUGGGGAGGUCCUGGGCCUCCUUGGAACCCCCUCCGUCUUCUGUCAGGACUGCUGCAAGAAAGUGUGCACCAAGUGUGGCAUAGAGCCCCAGUGCAGUCAGAAGAGAACUCAGUGGCUGUGCAAGAUCUGCAGUGAACACAGAGAGGUGUGGAAGCGCUCUGGAGCCUGGUUCUACAAGUUCAUGCCCAAGUACGUGUACCCUGGGAAGGAGGGGCCGAGUGGUGCUCCUCUGGGACUGCGAGGAGCCAAUGGAGGAGGGCAGAAGAUGGCCAGGAGUUCCACUGUCAGCCGCACCUACACAUGGGCACACAGCAAAGUGGUGUCUAGUGGCAGCGACAGUGAGUCGGACCACAGUGAAGGAAGCGGGAAGAGCAAGGUGUCCAGCCAGGGUCUCUCUGAGGGCAAGCAGCGUACUGACUCAGUGUUCAGUGGGGGGAGGAUUGGGACCCCCACAGGGCUGGGUUGGGGACCACAGGGCAGCCUGCUGUCAGAGAGCCGCUCCAGCCUAACCAGCAAGCCCCCCCACAGCACAGCUCCCCCUGAGGACUACGACACAGACCACAGCUUCCCCUCCCCCACACCCCCCGCCCUCAGCCGAGCCGGCUCGCUGCACUCCUCCUCCGCCAGCCACAACUCUGGGGAUGACCCGGCCCACUCCCACACCGGCGACGACCCGGACCGGGUGUUUGGCGGUGCCGCCGCCCCAACACCUGCGGCGACUGGCAAGAAGGAGGAGGAACCGGACGUGGAGGGCUAUGACUCGGACGACUCAACUACAUUGGGGACCCUGGACUUCAGUUUACUGUAUGACCAGGAAAACAACGCUUUGCACUGUACCAUCAACAAAGCCAAGGGGCUAAAACCCAUGGACCACAACGGGCUCUCAGAUCCAUAUGUCAAACUGCACCUGCUGCCUGGGGCCAGUAAGGCCAAUAAGCUUCGCACCAAGACCCUGCGCAACACCCUCAACCCCAUCUGGAGCGAGACCCUGACCUACUAUGGCAUCACCGAUGAGGAUAUGGUCCGCAAAACACUCAGGAUUUCAGUGUGUGAUGAAGACAAGUUCCGCCACAAUGAGUUCAUCGGAGAGACACGCAUUCCCCUCAAGAAACUCAAGCCCAACCAGACCAAGAACUUCUACAACUGCUUGGAGAAACAGCUACCUAUCGACAAGACAGAUGACAAGUCCCUGGAGGAGCGAGGGCGUAUCAUGAUCUCCCUCAAGUACAGUUCCCAGAAGUCUGGCCUGGUGGUGGGCAUUGUCCGCUGUGCCCACCUCGCCGCCAUGGACGCCAACGGCUUCUCAGAUCCCUACGUCAAAACGUACCUGAAGCCGGAUGAAAACAAAAAGUCAAAGCACAAGACUGCUGUGAAGAAGAAGACCCUCAACCCAGAGUUUAACGAGGAGUUCUUCUAUGAAAUCAAAUACGCCGAUCUCAGCAAGAAGACACUGGAGGUGACCGUGUGGGAUUACGACAUUGGCAAGUCCAACGAUUUUAUAGGUGGCGUAUCCCUGGGCAUCAGCGCCAAUGGGGAGAGGCUCAAACACUGGUUCGACUGUCUCAAAAACAAGGACAAGAAAAUUGAGCGCUGGCACACUCUGACCAACGAACUUCCUGGUACAACAUUCAACGACUAAUGGCCCAUCCACACUACCUACACAUUUGCAAGUAAGGCCCCUCCCAUACUUGCUGUGGACAGGAGUUCAGCCUUGAUCGACCAAUUUACCAAAUCACACUCCAGCUUUCCCAUUUCCGGAGACAUUUACCAAAUCACAGCUCUUGUUUUCUCUCCCAAGGUUUUGAGCUCACCCAUUAUCUUCUAUCCCCUUCUGAUAAUGUGCUGUCUUUAGGGCUUAUUUGAUGAUUCUGCACCUGCAGCUGUCCACGAAACAACGGUUUGGCAGUGUUGAGAAAGAGUCUGAUGUAUGUCCCAACAAAACCAUAAGUGUGCAACACAUGGGAAACAACGGUUUGGCAGUGUUGAGAAAGAGUCUGAUGUAUGUCCCAACAAAACCAUAAGUGUGCAACACAUGGGAAACAACGGUUUGGCAGUGUUGAGAAAGAGUCUGAUGUAUGUCCCAACAAAACCAUAAGUGUGCAACACAUGGGAAACACAAGGUUUGCUGCACAAAACUAGAGAUUAGAUUAUAUUUCAAUUGUUUGCUGUCCAGAGAUGCAUAUUCACUAGGUUUACUGGCAAAUGUACUGGCAGAUAUGGGGAAUGUGCACUUUGUUGAAAUGACAGGAGAAAAGUGUGGAUUAUUUACUUCAGACACUGCUCUAAAAAGCAUGUCAUGUUUACAAGUCUAGGACGCAGCUCCACACACCUAUGCUGUUCCUCUCAAGUUCGUCUUUGCAGGAGAAAGGGGGAAAAAGACACACGUAAUGUGUUUUAUAUAGAUGGUUUACUUUCAGGCCAUUGCAAAUGUCUAAUCCUGUGAUGAAGGGUUUGGGCUAGGAGAGGGAAAUGAGGAAGGGGUGAGGCAUUUUUAAUAAAGUAGCGCUAAGUAUCUUGUUGCUUGUGUUUCAGUUGUUUUUAAAGUAGAGUCAAAUGUACACUACCCCAAUCAGUGUAUCAGAUGAAUGUAGACUAUAACCCUUCUAUCCCACAGUACAGUAACUCCUCUGAGAAUGUGCACCCAAGUGCUGUGUAUUAUUGAACCAGUUCAUACAUAAAAUUCAAGGUCUGAUAAACAUCAGAGAGUUGCAUUGGAUGGCAUGGGAGGAAGAGAAUUGAACUUCUGCAGCCCCAUUGGCAAACUGUCAAUGAUGUUGCUUGAGGCGGAACAUUGUCCAUAGAUCUAUAUUUUUAAUGACAUGAGGGCUGUCAUGGAACUACCGAUUCAUAGUUAAUGUAGUGGAAUGUACGAGUUGGCGCUGCUUAGUCCCAGAACCCUAUUUAGUCAAUGAGAAGGCAAUAUGGCUCAGAACACACUUCACACUUAUUUGAUAUCAAAGCACGGUUUGAUCGUUGUGCAAAAUUAAGCAUUUUAUAUUCACCUUUUUAUUGUUGCCUGUUGUCUAAGAAAUCACAGGGCUAAAAUGUAUGUUUAUGUGUGCGUGCACAUGUUUGUACUGUAUGUAUGUUGGUGAACGCAACCAACAAAUUGUCCUUUUAAUUGUGAAAUAUUCAACUGGCCAAUUCUUAGCCAACAGGUAAUCAUUGUAUAUGUAUUGCUAGUGUUUUCCAUUGUACAUGUUGUUGGCGUUCAAACUUGAACUGUACUUUUAGUUUAUGUACAGCAGCAUACAACCAGUAUAUACCCGGCAGGACAUGAUUAUAAGUUGUUUAAUUUUGUUUCAUAAUUUAUUUUACCCAUUGUGAUAUUUUUGACAGCUUUUGUCUUCCUCAAAUAUCUCAAAUUGUGUUCCAUUUCAUUCUUAAACAUGCAGUGAGCUUAAUCUCGAGGGUAUUUUCCAUUUUCAUUGACCUACCCAUGUGGGCUUAACGUUCCUACUUCAUCUUCACAGUUUACUCAAGAGAGGGUCAAAUAUUCCACCUGUCUAUCUGAGUGUUAGUCUCUCUGGCCUGGUGUGGAGAGUGAAACACUAACUCUCAUUGGCUAUGCAGCAGUCAAAUAUCUUCCCCCUCUACUAAUGAGAAGUUGUUUUGGACACAAAGGUCCAACACUAUCUUUUCAUCAGUCCUACAGGGGUCAGGCAGGCAUGAAGUUGGUCUCUUUCUCAAAUGCAUAUACAGUCGCAACAGCAGCCCAACCUGUGGAAUUUUGUAAUCUGUUUGCCUUUGUACUCAAAACUGGAUAUUAUGACAAAAAUGCAUGCAGAUGUUAUUGGUUUGUCAUGAAAUGACUUUGCUUAAUGUUUGAUACUGCUGUUUUUUCUGUGAAAAAAAUAACACAACUGUGGAUGCUACAAGAAUGUCAAUAUUUCUUCUGGACAACGUUUUGUACCUUUGAACACGAUCGCAUUGACUGUCUGGGGAUGUGACUGCACGUGAAGAAAAUCUCUGCCUCUGUUUUGUUCCUUUUUUUAACACUCAGGCAAUUGUUUGCAUAGUUCUGGUUGUUCUCUGGUUUUCAAAAAAUUAUUAAGAAAAACAAUUCGAUUUUCUCCUAUUUCACCUUAGUCUUGGCACGGAAUGGCCGUAUGAUCGUGCCUUUUCUUUUGUAACAGUGUAUUUUUGCACCACUCAAGAUUAGAUCAUAGCUUUUAAUAUGGAAAUAAUACAUGGCACAUUUAUAUUUCUGUAUAUGCGUUAGUAUCGGAACACUGUUUCCCUCUUUGAAUAUUUCCCACCCAAAUGACACGAGGCCAGUGUCAUUCCACUGUGUGAUGGUGUUGACAGUGAGGGCAGGG